GGUGAUUGUAGUUCCGCUACGACACAAUUUUUGGGCGGACCGUAUACAAACCAACGUGUUUGAAUGAUCAUCCCAAUGCUAAUUAGUACAGCGAGCAGAUUUGGUGUUUCGUGCUGUUCUCUUACACCUUCGGUCCGUCUUUUCUCCAGAUCCAGUAACAUGGCCAAAAGUAAGUUUGAGUAUGUGCGCAACUUCGAAACAGAUGACACCUGUCUGCGGAACUGCUACAUUGUCGUGAGACUGGAUGGUCGCAAUUUUCACAAGUUUGCAGAGCAGCACAAGUUUGCAAAGCCCAAUGACGACAGGGCCUUGGGGCUGAUGACAAGGAGUGCACGCUCUGUCAUGGAAGAACUGGAGGAUAUUGUUGUUGCCUAUGGGCAAAGUGAUGAGUUCAGCUUUGUUUUCAACCGGUCUUCUACCUGGUUCAAAAGAAGAGCCAGUAAGCUCAUGACCCACGUGGCCUCCCAGUUCUCCUCCUCGUACGUGUUUUACUGGAAGGAGUUUUUUGAGAAUCAGCCCCUCCUGUACCCUCCGGGAUUUGACGGACGGGUGGUCCUAUAUCCUAGCAAUCGUAACCUUAGAGACUACCUUAGCUGGAGGCAGGCAGACUGUCACAUAAAUAAUUUGUACAACACAGUGUUUUGGAUGUUAGUGCAAAGAAAAGGACUCAGCACAACACAGGCAGAGGAUCGCUUAAAGGGAACAUUGGCUGGAGAUAAAAAUGAGAUCCUCUUCACAGAAUUUGGUAUCAACUACAACAAUGAAUCUGCCGUCCACAAGAAAGGUACCACCCUCAUCUGGGAAAAGCGAGAUGAGACUGUCAUUAAACGCACAAAGCUGCCAAAUGGGGAGGAAAAGGACAUGCCCGUCACACGUAGCAGGAGGAGGGUAGAGGCCUACCAUUGUGACCUUAUAGGAGAGCAGUUCUGGGAGGAGCACCCAGACAUCCUGGAGGAUGACAACUGCUAACC